CUUGAUCAUCAACUAUCAUCUUUUUUCCAACCGUUUCAUGAGAUGCUGGAUGGAAUUUCUGAUGUCUAUAGGUUUCAACAAACCAAUACCAAGUCCCUCAUCAAUCAUUUGAAAGAUAAAGUGACUCAACAAGAAAAUAUGCUUUAUAAAGUAAAUAAUGAUUACAGGGAAUUGAAAAGUCAAUUGAUUAGUCUUACAAAUGAGAAUAAUCGAUUGAAAGAACAAUUAAAGGCGUUUCAACGUGAAAAUACUUUCAUGAAUAAUCCAAACGCCAGUUCACUAGCAAUACAGAAAAUUGAAAAUCGUAACAACGAUUACAACAAUACAAUCAAGAAUAUAAAUUAUCAAAUGUCAUCGGAUCCGGUAAUUCAAUGUUAUCAUUAA